AUGGCAAAAAGGUCCCAAGUUUGGAAUUUCUUUGAAAAGAAAGAUGGUGUUGCUAUUUGCAAUGAAUGUAAUAGUAAAGUAAAAACAUCAGGAAAUACUUCCAAUGUGCUACACCACUUACAAACACAUCACUCAUGCACUUAUUCCAAACAUUUUAAGAGUGGAAAUUUGAACCAAACACCAGUGAAUACUGCAUUUAACCAAAUUAUUUCUAUUAAAGGCGGUGAUUUAAAAGAAAGCAUAGAUGAAAAACUUGUAUGGUGGAUAGUUGAUGAUCUACGACCAUUCAAUUUGGUUUCAAGUGAUGGUUUUAAACAAUAUUGUAAAGCUUUAAACAAGAAUUACCAGCCACUUGGAAGAAAAGCUGUCACGGAGAAAAUGGUCAAAAUGUUUGAAAAUAAAAAACAAUUAGUGAUUCAACAUAUGAAAGUGUUAAAUUUUUUUGCCAUCACAACUGAUCUUUGGUCAGAUACUUUUAAUUCAAGAUCUUAUAUUGGAAUCACCAUCCAUUUCAUAGAUCGCCAUAAGCAAUUCAACAUUUGUUUGGCAGUGCAGGAGUUUAAAGAAGCUCAUACUUCUGUAAAUAUUAUUGAUACUAUUAAUUUGGUAUUAACUGAAUUUGAAAUUGAUAGUGAAAAAAUCGUAGCAACAGUGACUGAUUCAGCUGCAAAUAUGGUUGCUGCAAUGAGAAAUUUUCCAGGUCAUCAUAUCGGAUGUACAGCUCAUAAAAUUAAUUUGUGUGUAAAUGAUGCAAUUGAAGAUGACAAUGAACUUGUUAAUUUAAUUAGGUCAGUGCGAUCAAUAGUGACAUAUUUUAAACAGAGCAACAAAGCAACAUCGAUACUCAAUCAAGAGCAAGAAAAGGAUGGAAUUAAGCCAUUGAAAUUGCAUCAAGAUGUUCCUACCAGGUGGAAUUCCACAUAUUUAAUGGUGUCUCGAAUGAUUGAGUUGCGUCACUUUUUUUCAGCUGCAUUAAGAAAAAACGAUAGAGAGGAGAUGGAUCUCAGUUAUAGUGAAAUUGAAAAGUUGAAAGAAAUUGAAAAGUGCUUGCAACCAUUUUACCAAAUGACUAUCGAGCAGCACGUAACAAUUUCAAAAAUUAUACCACUGGUCACUAUGAUUUAUAACAAAAUGGAGCUGGUGACAGUAACAAGUGAUAUUGGUAAAAAUCUCAAAUCAAAUCUCAGCAAAAACUUUGAUAGGCGAUUUGGUGAAAUUGAAAAGGAUUUACUACUUGCAUUUGCUACACUUCUUGAUCCAAGAUUUAAAAAGGUUGAUUUUAGAAGUCCAGGAGAUUGUGCACUUGCUGUUUCGAAAUUGAAUAUAAAGUUAAGGAAUGUUCCUUUGACUCAGCCUACUCCGAUAGAAAAUUCUGAUUCUAGCUUAUGGAGUCUUCACAAUCGACUUGUUGAUCGUCUUUCUAGUCAUGACUCUGGUCUCAAUUCUGGUCUCAAGCACUAUUUUGAAUUGAAAAAUAUAGCCUUGACCGAUGAUCCUUUACUCUUUUGGGAAAAAUAUAAGGAUAAUUGGCACCCAUUACAUAACCUUGCAAUUAAAUAUUUAACUGUUCCUGCCACUUCUGUUCCAUGUGAACGUUUAUUUUCUAAAACAGGGUUAAUUAUCAGUGAAAAAAGGAGUAAAAUCAAGCCUGAACAUGUAAACAAUCUAUGUUUUCUACAAUCUUUACCCUCACAGUUUCGUUAA